UCGUCUAAACUCCGCGAAGCUUCCUGCUGCUGUUGUUUUUGUUGUUUUUUCUGGUUUCUCUCCGCCCAGACUCAACAUGGGGAACUGUUUAACGGUGGGGCCGAACGAGGCGCUGGUGGUGUCCGGUGGUUGCUGUGACUCUGAUGAUAAGACCUACAUGGUGGGAGGCUGGGCCUGGGCUUGGUGGCUCAUCUCAGACACACAAAGGAUAACCCUGGAGAUCAUGACUCUGCAGCCUAAAUGUGAGAGCGUGGAGACGGCAGAGGGAGUGGCCAUCACUGUCACAGGAGUGGCUCAGGUGAAAGUCAUGACGGAGCACGACUUGCUGGCGAUAGCUUGUGAGCAGUUUCUGGGGAAAUCGGUGAUGGAAAUCAAAGCUGUGAUUAUUCAGACCUUGGAGGGACAUCUGCGCUCCAUUCUGGGGACACUGACUGUAGAGCAGAUCUAUCAGGACAGGGACCAGUUCGCUAAACUGGUGAGGGAGGUCGCAGCUCCAGAUGUGGGAAGGAUGGGCAUCGAGAUUCUCAGCUUUACCAUCAAGGAUGUGUACGAUAAACUGGAUUACCUGAGCUCUCUGGGGAAGACUCAGACCGCUGCAGUCCAGAGGGACGCUGACAUCGGCGUGGCUGAGGCAGAGAGGGAUGCUGGGAUACGGGAAGCAGAAUGCAAGAAGGAGAUGAUGGACGUCAAAUUCAAGGCUGACACCAAGAUGGCCGACUCCAAGCGAGAACUGGAGCUGCAGAAAGCUUCUUUCAAUCAGGAAGUCAACACGAAGAAAGCCGAGGCCCAGCUGGCGUACGAGCUGCAGGCGGCCAAGGAGCAGCAAAAGAUCCGCCUGGAGGAGAUCGAGAUCGAAGUGGUGCAGAGGAAGAAACAGAUCACCAUCGAGGAGAAGGAGAUCAGCCGGACGGAGAAGGAACUCAUCGCCACGGUGAAGAGACCCGCCGAAGCCGAAGCCUACAAGAUGCAGCAGCUGGCCGAAGGACACAAGACUACCAAAGUGCUGCUGGCUCAGGCCGAGGCCGAGAAGAUCAAGAAGAUCGGCGAGGCGGAAGCUUCCUCCAUCGAGGCGGUGGGCAAGGCGGAGGCUGAGAAGAUGAGGCUGAAGGCUGAAGCUUACCAGCAGUACGGAGAGGCAGCCAAGACCGCUCUGGUCCUGGAGGCCCUGCCGAAGAUUGCUUCUAAGGUGGCGGCGCCGUUAGCCAGGACCAAUGAGAUCGUCAUCCUCAGCGGGGAGGGCAACCGUGUGACGGGCGAGGUGAACCGCCUUUUGGCUGAACUUCCUGUUUCUGUCAACGCUCUCACUGGAGUGGAUCUGUCAAAGAUGCCGCUGCUGCAGAAGAUGACCAGCAGUCAGGCCUGAAACCCGACGACUCCCCGUGACUUUAGUAUCCGUUGUAUGCACUCUCAUAGACUGCCUUUAAUACACUUGAAGAAUUUAGUUGUUUUAUACGUAUACACUGUCUACCAAGUGAAUAUCGGAAACCUCUGGUGCCUUACUUUAUACAGGACCAGAAUAUCUGCAUGCACUGCUGCUCAAUGAAAGAUUUAUUUUUAUUUAGGUUUAACAUAGGAACAUUUUGUGUUUUUCCUCUUUAAUCAUUUAUUUUUUUAUAUAUUUAAAUUGUGUAUAUUGACCCAUUUGUAUAAUUUGUCACUCAACUGACCUCCUGACUCUUAUUCAUACAUUUGUAUUAAGAUGUUAACUUUGAUAAUUAUACAUUAGGGUUCUUGCUGUUUAAGACAACGAAGCCUCAGCUCUCAAUUUAACAGGCAUUUUUGUUCAUUUAUAUACCUCCUUUCUUUUUUUUCUUUAUUUAUUGACACAUCUGCAUUCCCGAGAUAAUCUGAAUCUUUUCCUGUUCAUUUUUUCUUUUUUGUGUGUGUGUGUGUGUGUGUGUGUUGUAAUUUUUUUUAAAUAUCAGACGUUAUUCAGGUUAUGUUAUGUCAGUGAUUAAUUUUAUACAAUGCAACACAGGUGCUCACAAUCUUAAAAGAAGCCCCUUUUUUUUUUGGUUUGUUCCUAUGUACAAAGUUUUAUUCUCCAGAUACUGUUGGUUGUUGGUUUCAGGCAUGAUAGAUAUGAUUAUCAUUUAUGUGCUGACAGGAAUACAGGAAGCAAAUUCUUGUGCUAAUAUAGUUAGCUCGUAAUGUGGUUAUUAAUCUAUUAAUUAAUACUGUGCGUUUUAAUAUAAAAUGUCUGUAUCUUUGGCUUUCAUUAAGACUGAAAACGUAGCUCGGUGUUUAAAAAAAAAAGAAAAAAAGAUGGAAAAAUGAAUUUGUGGGCAUAUUGUAAAAAAAAAUGGCAGGCUUGGAUUUGUGUGAAAUAUGUUCUGAAGAUUAAACACAGUGACGCCAAAUAUAAGAGGAGAGGAGGAUGUAAAUGCUGAGCCAUAUUAGACAGGGUGUCACACGUGGAUGUAUUAGAAGAGCUGAAGGGCGCCACCACUCAGCAAAUGGUCACUCAUGGUACUGCAGCUUUUUUUUUUUUUUUUUUUUUUUAACUUUCCCCAAGCCAAGAAAAAAAAUUUAAAAAUCUAGUCUACACUGUAAAAAAAUGCCUGUUAUAAAACGGAAACAUCCUGUAAAAUUAAAAAUGUAGGUAAACUGUAAAAAAAAACAACAACAACCAUGAAUUAUAUUUACCAUAAUUAACAUCUAUCACUGUUAUUUUACAAGAAACCUCUGUAUAAUUCCAUAAAAUCUUUGACUUUUAACAUAUAUUAAAUGUUAAAAUAAAGUCAUAUAAUUUUAAAUAAACAGAAUAAUAAAAAAAUGGUAAAAACUGACAUUUAGAAACUGGUAAUUGUUACAGAUCGUCUUUGCUAAAUUACAUGAGACGUGUCAUUAAACAGCUUAUUUUUGUUGUUUUAAUUGCAGCGGGCAACACAAAGCUAGAAAAAUGGACUUAAUGGACUGAAUGGACGCUCUUAUAAUACAUCCAUGGUGCCAACAAAACAAACUUUACAACCACUUCUGUUCAAUGUUUGCACUGAUUUGUUUUAAUAACUGUGAAAUAUAGAUAAUAUAAAUGUUUUUUUUUAGUUCUUUAACUUAUCAGACAAUCUGUUUUUUGUCAUUUGUAUUUGCUGUUUUGUUAAAUAGUUUUACAUUUCCUUGUUUGUUUUGGGGUCUAAUUCACCAAAUGUCAGACUUCUCUUUGUUCCUACAGGUGAAUUAUAAUAUUAUAUUAUAACUAACAUGAGAGUGAUGUGGAAGCCUGGUUGAGAAUGGGACUUUACAGUGAAGUAGGAGAUAUUAUGGGCUUUAUUUUAACGCACAAAUGUAACAAUAAGCGGCGGCGUGGUAGCUUUUAGGUGCAUAGACGGUGAUUAUUAAAUACUCUCUCAGCCAAUCACAUCGCUGCUCUCAUACCUCUGCAGCCAAAGACGGAUGAAGCAGUCUUUUUCCCUCUAUCAGUUUAGUUAAUAUAAUAACAAUAGAAACUGAUUUGUUGAAGCUUUUUACAUGAUUAUAUCAGACUUUAAUUUUUAAUGUAUCUCACCUGUAAAAGGUCACAUACUUAAAAAAGAAAGUUGAAAAAGGUUGUGAUGAGCUGUUAUAAUUUAUCAACACUUCAGUCCUUCAGUCCGCCUGAAGGAGAAACUUUUCAUACAGUAUAAAGCAGAUACUGUAAUAAUCAGGCGGCGGCUUCUGCAUUUAAAAAAAAAAAAACAUUUAAAAAGUAAAUUCUGGUUUAAGUCACUUUUUCUGAAUAGUUUAUAAUGACAUGUUUAAUCUGAUUGGCUGUUUUUUUAAUUAGAUGCAUUUGAUUUUGAAGCGUAAAUAAAUAAUUAACUCAUUAACAGAUGAAUGUAGAAAUAUAACUAACUACAUUUAAACCAUUUUAACCUCCUGUGACACUGCGUCCUCAUAUGGGGACAUUACAUUUUGGGUUUGCUGGACCUUAAACUCCAUUCUGCUUAACUUUGACAUGUUGACCUCAUUCGUACACAUGUUUUUGUGCCACCUAGUGGUCACAAAAGCACAUUACAGUGUAAAAAACCAGACGGCAGGCAACAUGUUGUUUAUUUAUGCUUAAUAAUGUUUGUAGUUUGAUACAAAUUUGACUCAUUUAAGUGAAAACAACAAGCUACAACACUGUUAAUCAACACUUUUGAUGACAUUGAGACUUUAUUAUCAUUGUUAUUGUAAAUGUAAGGAAAUAAAUAGUUUUAUACACGGGUGAUUUAACUGUGUUAUAAAGUAAAAUAAACCCAUUGUCCUCCCAUAUGAGGCAUUAUUCAUUUCAAAAUCUACUUCCUGUUCAAAAACAAUGCUUAGUUGUUCUACUUAUCAGGUCCCAAAUAUUUAGGAAACAUUAAAAAUGCACAUCAAACAAAAGCUCGGGUCUCAGGAGGUUAAAACAAAAAAGUAAAAUUACAAACUUUGGAAAAAUACUUGUAAUUCGUUGCUUCCACCUCUGCUUACUGUUAUUUAUUUAUUUCUAGGUUUAUUCUUUUUGGAGAAAUUGUGAAUAAUGACCAAAAUAAAUCACUACUACACUGUUUGCAUCAGUCAUACAAUGAAAUAGAAUAAAUAGUGUUCAUGUGAACCAUCCCAAACUAAACUGUCUCUGGCUCCCUGCUCAGACUGAUUUACCGACUUUGCAGCUUUAACCACAUUAAAUGACUAUUUCCUGUGAUGAUUUUGGCUGGAGAGUAUUUAAAUGAACUUCAAAUACAUGUAUAUUUUUUAACACAAAUCUAUUAUUGCAGCAAAUAUUUACUUUGAUCUUGUUGAUAGAAAAUCACCAAAGCAGCAGCAGAUUGACGUCAAACCACGUAUAACAGACGUAGAUAUUCUGAUGAGUCUGUUGUCAUGGUGACGUCUGGGGUCAGAUUUUAACCAAACUACCAUUACUGUCUUUACAUAAAGUGAGUUUUACGUCCGUUAUGAGCAGCGUGUUCACACAGACUUUACACAGGACUGUUAUUUCUCUCAUCAUCCGCUGAUUUGUUUAAUUUUAAUCAUUAUUUGCUGAUGCAGUGGACUCGAUAAUACUGUGAUCAUAUUGAUUCAUUGCUUUUUUUUGCAGGCGAAUAUUUGUGUCCAGUGUAUAAAAUUAUCUUUAAUAUGUUGUUUUUUUUUUUUUAUUUGUAAUAAUCUGUGUGUUAUACUGCAUGCCAUCUUGUCUGUCUGUACUCACAUGAAUUAGAUCACUCUUAUAAAGCUAAACGUCAUUCUAAUAAA